ACGGCGCCUGCUUUGUUGAUGGAUCUAUGCAGACAAAAAGCUAUAACCACUGGUUGUAAUUCACUUUGUCAUGAUGAUUCUUCCAUUUCAAUCAAGAUAUGCCUGGGUGCUGCACCGCCCUUUUUCCACUCCCGUCUUUCUCACUCUCCCCUCUUCCUCGUCGACCUUCCUUCCCAUCUGACUUCUCUAUCCCCGAGUAUCCCUUAGGGUGUUUUCAACCAUGGAACCCGGGAACCUGCAACGCCAGGGCUCUGCUCGCCACUCCACAACCGAGCAAGUGAUGCUUGAUCUUCUCCGAAGUGACUCGAACCCCCCCGCCUCCUUGACCCAGACAGCGAAGGCUGUAAUUGAUUUUGAAUUGUCAAAAUGUGACACGAGAAGUGGGUUCCGACCAGAACUUGGCGUCUACAAUGAACUGUUUAAAAAAUCGACGAACUGGGGGGCCAUACUCCGGAACCUGUAUUGGCGGGCUCGGCGACAAUCCGCAGUAUGGGACGUUUUUGAGCUUCUGGUGAUGAAGGGUUUCAUAAGCCCAAGCUGCUUGACUAUCUCAGUGGAUCUCAUGUCAAUGACCCGUGAAACUGGUAUCAUUACGAGUUUGCUGAAUUGCUUCUCGACCCCUUACCACGACAUGUACGCAGCUGAUCGGGGCGACAUUCCUUUGCAGUCGACCAGUUGGAACGCAGAUACCCAGUGGCUCGCAACGAUGAUCGUCCGCAGUGGCGCGGAACUUGAAAAACUUCUUGACACAAUCCAUGCCAGUCGCUUUUUAGGUGAAUGCCUACCGGAGGAACUAGAACUCUUCAAAAAGAUGCACCCUGAAGGGACAGCAAACCUAUUAUUGAAUCCCCGGGAGCGGGAGCGGGAGCGGCACGAAAGGCCAUGUGCGGAUUAUAGCAUUAUGCCAAAAGACAACAUUUUUGGAUUUUGGCUUCCCCAUGGCCUCAGAAGCGAAACACUUAGCACGCAUAUCUACCAGUGCAAGGAACGUUUCAACAACAUUGAACGCGUAUUUCGGGAAGUUGAAUGUAUUUCAAAGGAUAAACUCUGGCUUGAAGCGGAACAGGCGGAUUUCUUCGACCAGAAUCAAGGGUUGCUCCCUGGGGGUGAUAACGACUACCCAGACAUCAAUAUCGAAUACCAUGAUUCGAAUCUGCCUUGCAUAUGAGAGCUAGCCUGAAACUCCCUCGCACUUCUUCUUCUUCUUCUUUUUACCUCUCCCUUCCUGGCUGUCUAAUCAUGUUUUCUCUGGCUUCCUAAUGACUUAUCGUGACUUUGGCGUCCAAAAGCCGUGGACGAUGCUGGGCAUACCAUGGGCACUAGUUAGAAGUUACAUAAUUAGAAAAUAGGAACUGCUGC